AUGGAACUGCUCAUCAUGGAGACGCAGGCCGAGGUGUGCCGCGCUCUGGCGGCGCUGGACCCCGGCGCCUCUUUCGCCGUGGAUACCUGGGAGAGGAAGGAAGGCGGAGGAGGCAUCAGCUGCGUGCUGCAGGACGGAGAGGUCUUCGAGAAGGCGGGCGUGAACGUGUCGGUGGUGUUCGGACAGCUGUCCGAGGAGGCGGCACGGCAGAUGAGGAGUAGGGGGAAGGCGCUGAAGGCCACCGAGGAUGGAAAGCUGCCUUUCUGUGCCAUGGGUGUAAGUUCCGUUAUUCAUCCAAAGAAUCCUCAUGUUCCAACCAUGCACUUCAACUACAGAUACUUUGAAAUUGAGGAAGCUGAUGGAAGUAAACAGUGGUGGUUUGGUGGUGGAACAGACCUCACUCCAACUUACUUGAAUGAAGAAGAUGCUGUACAUUUCCACAGGACUCUGAAAGAAGUUUGUGACAAGCAUGAUCUCAAGCUGUAUCCCAAGUAUAAGAAAUGGUGUGAUGACUACUUCUAUAUCAAGCAUCGUGAUGAGCGAAGAGGGAUUGGAGGCAUUUUCUUUGAUGACGUGGACUCUCCUUCCAAGGAGGAAGUAUUUCAGUUUGUACAGAGCUGUGCCAAAGCUGUUGUGCCUUCUUAUGUUCCCAUUGUAAAGAAGCACUGCCAUGACUCUUACACACCAGAGGAGAAACUGUGGCAGCAGCUUCGGAGAGGACGGUAUGUGGAGUUCAACUUGGUUUAUGACAGAGGUACAAAAUUUGGCCUGCUAACACCAGGAUCAAGAAUUGAGAGCAUUCUUAUGUCUCUGCCAUUGACUGCAAGGUGGGAAUACAUGAACACACCUCCGGAGAGCUCAAAGGAAGCUGAAAUUCUAGAGGUUCUCCGCAAUCCCAAAGACUGGGUGCACUGAUGUGAAUUGUGAAGAAGGUGGAUUGCUUAUACUGAGCCAUUACAGAAGAAGAGGAAAGCCUGCAAGCCAGCUCCUCUGAACUGCUGCUGCACGGCGUCUUAGUAUAGCUAUUUAUACUCUUACCUGGUGCCUUAAUGAUGAUGCUAUAGACUUGUGUUAACUUGCAAAUAUGUGAGCUCUUUCUUUAAGAGUGAUCAGCUGAUGUUGUCAUCCCUUGUUGAUGUUGCCUUGUGAAGGACUGGUGAUACCCUCCCAGGGCUAGUAUGCAUGCUUAUGAACUUCAACUGAUUCGUGUGUGAUUGCAAAAUGUUAAACUACUGUGAAGCGUUCCCCCAGUGGAGUUAAAGCACUAUCUGUGCCUAGAUGGCACUGAUUACUUGAGAAUAAUGUUGGGAUGUUCUAGAAAUACUUUUUUUAAGAAUAAAGUGAAUAUUUGGUAUGAU